GUUUUAUAAGCAGUGAAGUCAGAUUUAGCUCCAGUUUGGUCAUGUCUGGAGUGAGGACUGUGCUGCUGCUUGGGGUCUGGGUCUUUCUCCUGGCUCUGUCUCAUGGAGCUCUGGUCAUCUCAAGGGAUGCCUCCACAUCUCAGGACUCUGAUGGUGCUGCCAGGCUAUUAAAGAAAAGAAGUACAGAUAAUGUGGGGGUGGAGGUGUACAGUGUAAAGGUGGACUGUAAGGUGACUUCUCGUUUUGCCCACACGGUCAUAACCUCCAUUGCCCUGAACAAGGCCAACAUCUCUAGAGAAAUUUUUUUCGAAGUGGACCUGCCCAAGACUGCCUUCAUCACCAACUUCAGCAUGGAGAUAGAGGGUCAGACGUAUGUGGGUAAUGUAAAGGAGAAGGAGAAAGCCAAGAAGCAGUAUGAGAAAGCUGUUUCCACAGGACAGACGGCAGGGCUUGUCAAGGCAUCAGGGAGGAAGAUGGAGAAGUUUUCAGUGUCUGUGAAUAUUGCACCCAAUAGUAACGUCACCUUCAUUAUGACCCACGAGGAGAUGCUUAAGCGCAAACUGGGCCAGUACGAGAUUGUGACCCGGGUCAAACCUAAGCAGCUGGUCCAGCAAUUUGAAAUUGUGGCAGAUAUUUAUGAACCCCAGGGCAUUGCCUUCCUGGAUGCUUAUGGCACCUUCAUAACCAAUGAUCUUCUCCCUCUGGUUGAGAAAACAGUCACUGACAAAAAGGCACACAUCUCCUUCAGCCCAACACUGGACCAGCAGAGGAAGUGUCCAGGUUGUGACGGCACUCUGAUUGAUGGCGAUUUUAUCAUCAAAUAUGACGUGGAGCGAACUGUGACUAUCGGUGACGUUCAGAUAGUGAAUGGGUACUUUGUGCACUUUUUCGCUCCCUCGGACUUACCCAGAGUUCCGAUUAAUGUGAUGUUUGUGAUUGACAGGAGCGGGUCAAUGAUGGGUAACAAAAUAAGCCAGACAAGGGAAGCUAUGCUAACGAUCCUGGAUGACCUGCAUGAAGAUGAUUACUUUGGAAUUAUCGUGUUUGACAGCACCAUUUUAGAAUGGAAGGACUCUUUGACCAAGGCCACCAAAGAAAAUGUGAUUCAAGCAAAAACCUUUGUCUCCAGAAUAAAUCCCAGUGGAAUGACUAAUAUAAAUUAUGCUCUGAUGGAAUCUGUGAAAAUGUUGAAAAAAGAGAGACAAGACAGGAAGCAAUCUGAGAGGAGUGUUUCUAUGAUUAUCUUACUGACAGACGGAAUGCCCAACGUAGGAGAAAGUUCAGUUGAUAAGAUUCAGGAGAAUGUCCGUAAUGCUAUUAGGGGGAACAUGUCGUUGUUCUGUCUGGGCUUUGGUGACGAUGUUGAGUACUCCUUUCUGGAUGUGAUGGCCAGACAGAACAAGGGACUGGCCCGGAGGAUCUACGAGGGCUCUGAUGCCACUCUCCAGCUUCAGGGUUUCUACAAAGAAGUGUCCACUCCUCUCCUCUCUGAGGUCGACCUGCGUUAUCCUGACGACCUGGUUAACUCUCUGACCACCAGUCACUACAAGCAGCUGUUCAACGGCUCAGAGAUUGUGGUAGCUGGCCGGCUCUCGGACAAUAGCCUGGAUAACUUCCCGGUGGAAGUUUUUGCACAGGCGUUUGAAGAAGACUUUAGUGUCAAGAGCCAGGCCAGUGCCCAGGAUUGGGACCUGCUGUAUCCUGAACAGGAGUACAUCUUUGGGGAUUUCACUGAGCGUCUUUGGGCCUACCUCACCAUCCAAGACUUAUUGAGCAAGAGAGAGACGGGCACUGAAGAGGAGAAGGCCAAUGCCACUGCCCAGGCACUGGAGAUGUCUCUGAGAUACAACUUUGUCACUCCCCUGACGUCAAUGGUGGUCACCAAACCAGAGACUGAGAAGGGGCCGGAGGACCCACUGAUAGCCGACAAGCUGACUGAAGAUGAAAGGGUGAAAAGUCAGAAAUAUGAUCAUGGAAGUGUACCUGUUCACCACAACCAAAGAACAUAUAUGUCCAGCUCCCCCAUAUACUAUGUGGAUGGAGAUCCUCAUUUCAUCAUUGAGUUUCCAGGACGGGAGGAUGCACUGUGCUUUAACAUAGACGACAAACCUGGUACCAUCUUCAGCCUCGUGAGAGACCCCCUGGGAGGUGUUUUAGUCAAUGGCCAGACCAUUGGAGAUAAGAAGGUGGCACCUAAUGGCAAAAUGAACACCUACUUUGGUCGCCUUGGCAUCGUACACCAGGCACUGGGGGUGAGACUGGAGGUGACUACUCAGGACAUCACGGUGUCCCAGGAUGGCAAACAGGCCAAGUUCUACUGGUCAGACACAGCCUCUCUAAAGGGAGCCAAUGUCGACCUGGAGGUGACCAAGGACCGCAGCUUGACUGUCACCCUCAGGGACUCAGUACGGUUUCUGGUCAUCCUACACAAGGUGUGGAAGCAGCACCCGUACCACCAGGACUAUCUGGGCUUCUACACCCUGGACAGUCACCUCCUCUCCCCAAGCGUCCAUGGCCUUCUAGGUCAGUUUUACCAUGGGGUGCAGUUUGAGGUGAGAGACUUGCGCCCAGGAGAGGAGCCAGAGAAACCAGAUGCGACCAUGCUGGUGAAGGGACACGAGCUUACAGUUACUAGGGGCUGGCAGAGGGACUUCCACUCACAUAUCAGGAAAGGUGAUUUGGUUCCCUGCUGGUUCAUCCAUAGCAAUGGCAACGGCCUCAUAGAUGGAAACCACACUGACUACAUCAUGUCUGGGCUUUUCAAGACAGUCUGAGGCUGCUACACUCUAACAGAACAUACAGUUAAUCUUUCAUCGAUUUCACAUGUUUUCAACACUGUGUGCUUAGACAAACCAUCAUACCAGGAGAUUUUACAUGAUGUUCAGACAGACUGAAAAACAUUUAAUGCAAAGAUAAGUGGCUUUAAAUGACAUUGAAGGUUAUCAUACAAAUAUGAUAGUGACAAACAAAACCUGUCGAUACUAAUGUGAUGAACAAAACCUCUUCAAAUAAAUAGGGCUGCUUUGACUUGUAA